UGUGUCUGCAUGAGUUCUGCACCGAAUGGGCGCAAAAAGCGCCCGGGCCGCUCCACUCGCUCCUCGAUCUUUCAGAUCAGCAAGCCGACGCUGCCGAGCGGGGACUGUGAGCGCAGGGGCAGCGGCUCCGAGAGCGCCCACAAGACUCAAAGAGCCCUGGACGACUGCAAGAUGCUUGUCCAAGAAUUCAAUACCCAAGUGGCCCUGUAUCGAGAGUUAGUCAUUUCUAUUGGGGAUGUCUCAGUCAACUGUCCAUCUCUAAGGGCGGAAAUGCACAAGACCCGAACCAAAGGCUGUGAGAUGGCCCGGCAGGCCCAUCAAAAACUUGCUGCAAUCUCAGGCCCUGAAGAUGGUGAGAUACAUCCAGAAAUCUGCAGGCUUUACAUCCAGUUGCAGUGCUGCUUAGAAAUGUACACCACAGAGAUGCUAAAAUCCAUAUGUCUGCUAGGAUCUCUUCAGUUUCAUCGGAAAGGAAAGGAGUCUGGAGUGGGGAUCAAGAGCCCAGAAUGCAAAACUGACGAAGGUCCAGAAGUCCCCAUUCUAGAAGAUACGCUAUCUUCACCAGUAGACAUUCAGCACCAUUCCUGGCAGGUUUCCACGGAUAUUGAGAAUACUGAAAAAGACAUGCGAGAAAUGAAAAACCUUUUAAGCAAACUCAGGGAGACUAUGCCUUUACCAUUGAAAAAUCAAGCAAAGAUGAAGAACUUUCCAGAUGACCUUGGAGUGGGGAAAAGGGAAAGGUGGUAGGGGAGAGUGGUAGUUUUUAAGCAAACAGAUAUGUAUGUAUAAGGCACUAUAUUAGGCACUAUAGGAGAUCCAAAAAGAACAAAACAGGUCCUAUACCUUCUGGGGGUAUAGUCAAUAUGGUGGCUUGAGGAGGAAUUUUAAGUAAAGUCUGUCUGAUCCAAGAGAUAAAUGCCAUUCAUCCACUUGAAUUGUUCAUCAUUGUCAUAGAUGUUCUAAAUUUACAUGGUACUUAAAGGGUUACAAAGCAUUUUAUAACAAUUCUGGGAUCUAUUAUUAGCUUUUUGUAACUAAGGGCCACUGUAUGCAAGGCUCUGCACUAUUAAGUCCCAGAGAAAUUCAGUAGGAACAAAGUUAGGAUAGCUGAACAAACAAACGAAAAUUAUUUUAAAACAGAGCCAUCACUGAUUUGGAAGAAAAACUAUUUGUUUUAGCCAAAAUCUGUCAGAGACAUUGUAUUAACAUGCAAGCCUUUCUUUUUGGAGAGAGUUUGAGAGUUUCCUCUACUAGUGAGAAUACUCUGUCUUGCAAGGGACUUCCACUUUUCACUUAUCAGUGUGAACAAAAGAUAAAAUUUCACAGCAAAGUAAAAUGAAAAAACAUAAUUUAGGAUUUUUGAUUUGCUAAAGGCCAUUAACAAUGUUAAUAUCAGCUCAUGCUUACAGAAAUUAUCUUCCUGAAAUCAAUUAUUCUCUCUUUAAUUACUCCACUUUCAAUUUAGUGAAAGGUGAAUAGAAACUUUUCUUAAUUGGAUCAAAAACAUUAUCAUAAAUGGAUUACAUAAAUAUGGCUAAAGGGAGUCAAGAUCUCUUACUAAAAAUAUUUAAAUGUACUCAUAUCUGUCUAAGUGCUCCAAAAAUACAACACAAUGCCAUCAUAGUGCUCCUCUCUCUGCUGCAUAAAUCCCACUUCCAAAAGGGCCAUGUCAUAGAGGGAUAAGUUGUUUCCUCUCUUAGUGGGAUUGUCUACUAUGUCAACAGGGCCUCUCCACUGUCCUCUGUAGCAUUGACCUCUUCCUUGCCUCAAUUGAAUGUGUCACAAUUAUAGUUAGUUAUGGCUUAAAAACAAAAGCAGUUCAACCAAUUUUUCAAUAUCUAUAAAUGUAAGAAAAUCUCAGAGUUGUUUACUAAGCGAGCCUCAAAUGGAUUUGUAAAUCUGCUCUUAAAAAUAUUUGCCAAGAGAGGAGCAAAAGCAAAGGUUAUAAAUAAAUAACAGGUAGCCCAUUUUGUAUAGAAAGUGGGACAUUCUUAAUGAAAGAGGAUCAAUCAGCUUUGGAUAGAAAAAGGAACUGAGAUAAAAAUGGCAUUGAGGAUGAGAGACAGAGACAGACACAGAGAGAGAUAGAAACAGAAAUAAAGAUGGCAAGAGAGACACAGAGACAGAGACAGGGACAGAGAAAAGGCAAAGACAGUGACAGCAAGAAAGAGACAGAGAGACACACAAAGAGACAGGGACAGAGACAGAGAUAGCAAGAGAGACGGAGAGACAGAGAGACACACAAAGAAACAGGGAGAGACAGACAGACAGACAGACAGAGAAAAGGAGA